CCGCUUCGUAUCAUUUGUUUCCUAUGAGCAGGUAUAAAUACUCAUAGCAUGACAAUCAAAACAGGAUUCUUGAUGUCUCAUGCUCGUUGACGUUCUUGUUGAACUUCGCAUACCGGCGAUAUCAUGGACAUCUUACUUCGCGAAAGCCUCUUUGGCCGCAUUCUGAACUCCCUUACAAACGAGAGGAUUUUUCCCCAUCCCCAAGAUUUGACUUGGGGGAAAGGUGUUGUUUGCGGCCCAUGCUCAGAUCCAAGACAGCAGGCAGCCCUCGACUUCACGGGACCCGAUGAUCCGGAAGCCCCAAGGAACUGGCCAACCUUGACAAAGUCAUUUGUCAUGGCAGAUAUAAUGUUCCUCAACUUCAGCUUCUACGCGGCAUCGGCAAUCUUCACUCCCAGCAUUCCACUAAUUGAAGAGAAGUUUGGCGCCAACGCUAGCAAAGGCACUCUUGGGCUCUCGCUCUUCGUCAUUGCGUAUGGCAUUGGCCCUCUGAUUCUUUCCCCACUGUCGAACCUUCCAUCCAUCGGACGCACGCCUGUUUAUGUCGCCGGAUCCCUGGCAUUCUGCCUGGUGAACAUCGGCACAGCUCUUGCAAAGGAUAUCACUACGAUCUUGGUGCUUCGUUUUAUCGGUGGUUUUGUUGGAAGUGCACCUAUCAGUAUUGGAGGUGCAACUCUGAUGGAAGUUUACGGACCUACUGAGGUUCCGUAUGCGAUCGCCUUCUAUGCAGUCAGCGGACUGUGUGGACCAAUACUGGGACCCACGUUUGGGACUUUGGCAGUCACGCGUUGGAACACCUGGGCGGCAACCCUAUGGUUACUGGCUGGAAUCACAGCAUUUACCACCGUCUUCAUAUUCUUCUUCUUGCCAGAAACGUUGUCCUUCAACAUUCUGCGUCGACGAGCACGGCGUCUUCGAGUUCAAUGCGACAGACCCCAUGACCAAUAUCCUGCCGAGCCGGAUGCAAAGGCGCGCAAUUUCUUCCUGGAUAUCGUGUACCAGACGGUUGAUGACUUCAAGCUGUCCUGCAUGGACCCAGUCAUUUUGUUUGUCAACGUACACACCAUGCUUAUUUACGGCGUACUCUACUUGUGGUUCGAGUUCUUCCCAUUUGUGUUUGGGGAGAUUUACUGCUUCAGCGCUAUUCAGCAAGCUUUGGCUUUUUUUGGCAUCCUCGCUGGCGCAGUGAUUUCAGUCACAGUGUAUCUCCUCUGGCUUUACUUCUUCUAUCAACCGCGAGUGGCAGACUCAGAGGUCAUCGUACAGCCUGAAGAUCGUCUGCGCCCCGGACAAAUUGGAGCGAUCUGCAUUCCCAUCUGCCUCUUCAUUUUCGCCUGGACAUCUCGAGAAAGUGUACACUGGAUUGCGCCAAUCAUUGGAACCGCCUUCUUCGCCCCGGGAUUCUACCUUUCCUUCCAAUCAGUUCUGAACUACCUUGGUGAGUCAUAUCCGAGGCAUGUGGCAAGCAUUUUUGCUGGCAACACAUUCUUUCGAAGUUCUUUUGGAGGAGCGUUGCCCUUGGCUGCUUCUCGGAUGCUCCAGUCCCUGAGUAUCGGAUGGGCAUCGAGCACUUUGGGCUUCAUCUCCAUCGCCAUGGUUCCUCUUCCAUUUAUUUUGGAGCGAUACGGCGAAAGACUGCGUUCCUGGAGCAAAUAUGCGAACUAAUAGAAGAGCUGUCGGCGGACCACUUGAAUCCGCAGGAUGAAUCUAUGCAAGACGUAAACUCCACGUUGCCAAAGAAAAGAAUAGACUUUAUCGAGCAGUGUAAUAGACUGCCAUAUAAUAAUUAUAGAACGCUACUAAUUAGCGAGUGACAAUUCGGCGUAACUCCAGUUUCUCGCAGUUCCGCGCGACGGGAAGUUACCGACGGCGGAGUGUACCAGAUAUCAUGCCGACCAUGGGUUUUAGUCGGAGGUCUUGAUAGUAACAUUUUGUCUUGCCUGCCGCCUUUGAUGUUGUUGAAAGGUGUCUAUGAAUGCAUAAUGAAGAAAGA